AUGGCCACCCGGCUCCUCCAAGCCAACCUGCACCGCGCCCGCCAAGCUGUGGCUCUAUUUGAGCACACGAUGGCGGAGCGCGGUGUAGGGUUAGGAAUAGCGGCGGAGUUCAACCAUGUCCCCAAGAACCAUCCUAGAUGGCGGGGGGAGGAGGUGGAAGAAUGGGCUGCAGACCUAAGCCUGCACAUACUAAACGAGGGUGAUAAACCCACCUUCGUCGGGUCGCAGGGGGAAUCAAUAAUUGAUCUUACAUGGGCGACCCCUGCGGCCCGGGGAAGGGUGCAGGUCUGGAGGGUGGCGGAGGAGCUGGAGUCCCUUUCGGACCAUCAAAUAAUUGAAAUAAAGCUCUCCGUCACCCCCAACGGGCUGCGGCCCAGGGUGAGAAGAGAUUCCCGACCAGCCAGAUGGGCCCUGAGCCAGUUGGACAAGGAGAAACUGGAUAUCUCCUUUGAGGCUUUCACCUGGCCACGAUGGAAGGAGGGGCAGGAUCUCAAUUCUGCAGUGGCAGAAACAAUGAGUCUGAUCGCACGUGCCUGUGAUCAAGCCAUGCCAAAAGUGAGGUCCUGCCCCAUGAGGUCCGCCUGGUGGUGGAACGACCGGAUCGCGGAACUAAGGCGUCGGUCGGUCCGCCUCAGGCGGAUCUUCAGGAGAGCCCGCGAGGACGAGAAACCCCCUGAGGUGACCCUGGUCGCCCGAACGGAGUUCUGCAUGGCCGCGCGUGCCUUACGCAAGGCUAUAGGGGCGGCCAGGAGAGAAGGGUGGGACAAUCUCCUCCGAUCGUUAGAUGCGGAUCCGUGGGGGCGUCCAUACAAAGUAGUUAUGAAGAAACUAAGACCAUGGACGCCCCCGCUAACGGAAACGCUGGACCCCCGGUUUCUCGAACGGGUCAUGGGGACCCUGUUUCCAGUUGGGAAUGGGACUCCCCCCCUUGACCCGUACAAACCUCUAGAACAUCAGAGGGAGAUCCCGGGGUAA